UCCGGAGGCUGGGUCUGUUGGGUGUCUGUCACUGUUAGAGUGUGCUGUGCUAGGCUGGGCUUCUGGACCGUCUCUCAUCCUCCUACCUCAGAUCAAGUCCUUUCUCACUGUUCUGCUAAGGAAGGUGACCUGCCACACCAAGCAGAGAUUGGAUCCAAGCUUGUCUGGACCAAUUUCCAAGGAUGGAGGGGGGUGCUGACCAGGACACUCCCUUGCCCAGCCCCCAUGCAGGUCUCUGAAGGGUGCCGAGCAGAGUGGGCCACUUCAGACUAGUCACUGAGAGAGAGCUGGCUCUGUCUGGGCCUGUGAUUGGCUACUCCCUGAGUAUCUGAUCUGCUUUGCCAAGGCAUGGAGGCAGAAGACAUUUCACAGGCUGAAGACAGAGCUGAGUAUCCAGGUUCCCAAAAUGAAGACCAGCCCAACAUAGCUCAGCCUGACUUCCCACAUGGAGGGCAGUCCCCUAGCCCCACUGCUCUCUGGGAGAGGCUAGAAAGGAAGUUUUUGGAAUACCAGCAGUUGGUUCACGGGAGCCAGGCUGAGCGUCAGAAGAGCCUGUUGAAUCUUCUCCCACUGUUCUUGAAGGCCUGGGAACACUCCAUGGGGAUCAUCUGCUUUCCCAGUCUCCAGACGCUGGCAGAAGAUGUUUCCAACCACUUUGCCCAAGAAAUACAGAAGGCACUUGUGGGAAAGCCUGCAGAGCAAGCGAGAAUGGCAGCUGGACAGCUGAUGCAGUGGAAGGGGGAUGAGGAUCAGGACGGUUAUCUGCUCCUGAAGUCAGUGUAUGUCCUCACGGAGACAGACUCGGAGACGCUGGGCAGAAUUGCUGAGUCCGGGCUUCCAGUGCUGCUCCUGCAGUGCCUCUACCUCUUCUUUGUCUUUCCUCUGGAAAAGCAUGAGCUUUUUGAGAGUGACGUUCAAGUUCAGAGGAUGUUUGUGCAGAUAUUGCUGAAUAUUUGCAGUGAGUCUCCAGGGCUGGAGGGAGUUCUCUCGGGCACUGAGCUGCAGUCUCUAGUGAUCGCCACGACCUGUCUCCGGGAGCACAACUGCUGCUUUUGGAAGGAGCCCACCUUCUGUGUGCUGAGGGCAAUCUCCAGGGCUCAGAACCUCAGCAUUGUCCAAUACCUGCAGGGCAUGGAUUGCAUCAAGAUCUCCCUCCAGAACCUCUCCAGGCUUGCAGACACUCUCCCUGCUCCCGAGGUGAGCGAGGCAGCGAGCCUUGUCUUGGGCUUUGUGAAGGGCUCCUAUCUAGUCUCCUCGGCUCUGUUCAUGGAGUUUGAGAAUGGAGAAGGCUAUCCUCUGCUCCUCAAAGUGUUACUUCGGUAUGAUGGGCAGACCCAGAGCGAAGUGGACCCCCACCUGGAGGAGCUCCUCGGGCUGGUGGUGUGGUUGACGACCUGUGGGCGGUCCGAGCUGAAGGUGUUUGACAGUAUCACUUACCCUCAAAUGGAAGGCUUCAAGUUCCAUCAGGAGGCUUCUGGGGAGACCGUUAAGAAUCUUCAGGCCUUCCAAGUCCUGCAAAAUGUUUUCCACAAAGCCAGCAACUCGGUCCUCUGCAUGGAAGUCCUGUCAGCCAUCAGGACCAUUUGGACUUGGAAUGCCCGCAACUUCUUCCUGCUGGAGUGGACCCUGCAGCCCAUUUCGCAGUUUGUGGAGAUGGUGCCCUUGAAACCUGCCCCAGUGCAGAAGCACUUUUUCCAGCUGCUGGAGUUUCUGGUAUUUGAGCUGCAUUAUGUGCCCCAUGAGAUCCUGAAGAAGGUUCAGCGCCUGAUCAAGGAGAGCCCUGAGCCACCUUGCACUCUUCUGGCCUUGCAGAGUGUCCUAAGGAUAGCUGGCAGGGACCUGCUCUUCACUGAUAUCUUCCGGGACUCGGGCCUCCUGGGCCUGCUGCUGGCCCAGCUGCGGAAGCAGGCCAAGAUCCUGAGGAAGUCAGGAAACACAGAGCCCACACUUAGCUUUCGGGACCCAGAAAGAGAACUAACCUCUGUGAUGCUGAGAGUGGUGACCACGCUUCUGAAGGGCUCUGUUCGGAAUGCGGUUGUCCUGAAAGACCACAGCAUGGUACCCUUCAUCAAGAUCUUUCUGGACGAUGAGUGGUACCGGGGAGCCUCACUCAGUAUCUUGGAGCAGCUCUCAGUCAUCAACGCUGAGGAGUACAUGAGCAUCAUCGUGGGUGCUCUGUGCUCGUCCACUCAAGGGGAGCUGCAGCUGAAGCUAGAUCUCCUGAAGUCUCUUCUCCGCAUCUUGGAAACCCCCAAAGGACGUGCUGCUUUCCGAGUGUCCAGCGGGUUCAAUGGGUUGCUGUCCCUGCUCUCUGACCUGGAGGGGACCCUCCAGGAGCCUCCGCUGCAGACAUGGCAGGCCGUGUCCCCAAGCCAGACCCUGAACCUGGUCCUGCACACCCUCUCUGCCCUGUCUGCAGCAUUGCACCUGGACCCUGUGAAUGGUGACUUCUUUAAGAGAAGUGGACUCUUCGAGAAGCUGGCCGAGGACCUGUGCUUGCUGGGCUGUUUUGGGGCCCUGGAGGAAGAGGGAACCCCUCUGCAGGCCUGGGCGGACACAAAGGCCAGGCCAUUUGCAGAUUGGCUGAGUGAGGCCUUUUCCUCCACCAGCCUGCUCCCACCCAAGAUACAGAGCUGCCUCCAGAUCCUCAGCUUUCUGGACAGCAUGACUAGUGGCACCCUCCACCUGUGCAAGGACCUGAAGGAGUCCCCAAGGGCCAGGCAGGACCCAGCUGUGGAUGCCCAGAAGGGAGAAGCCAGCAGUGACACCCAAAGCCACUUGAAGCAGUGGCUGGACCUGGAGGAGAGGGUGGAUGACGGUGACGCCGUGAUCAUGCACCCGGGGUUCCUGUGCAUCAUGGUGAGGCUGCUGCCUCGGCUGUACCAUGAAGAUCAACCCCAGCUUUCAAAGGAGAUCCAGUGCUCUGUGGUCAGUCACAUCCAGUCCCUGGUAAAAUCGGAGAAGAAUCGCCAGGUCAUGUGUGAGGCAGGGAUGCUCAGGACCCUCAUGACCUCCUGCCACAAGGCCCUGACCACUGGCAGCAGCCCCUUACACUCGGGCCUCAUCAGGAUUUUUGAAAAGCUUGCUUCCCAAGCCAUCGAACCAGACGUGUUAAGACAAUUUCUAGGACUUGGAAUUCCCCCUCCUCCGUCAGCUCCAACAAAAAUCCUCAAGUCCUCUCAUGUGCACCGAGGGAGCUGUGCAUGCUCAGGGUCGCAGGCGGCGGCACUGGUAAGAGCUGAGGGCCCCACACCGGAUGCAGGCCCGCACCCAGCAGCCACACAGGCCCUGAGGCCUGCGGGGGCAUCCCAGGACUCAGCUACCGCCCUCCAGACAGCCCUGAGCCUCAUCUCCAUGACCUCCCCUCGCAACCUGCAGCCUCAGAGGGCGGCCCUGGCUCCCUCCUUCGUGGAAUUUGACAUGUCCGUGGAAGGUUAUGGAUGUUUGUUUAUUCCAACCCUGUCUACGGUUAUGGGAACCAGCACUGAGUACUUGGUCUCUGGAGGCACUGGAACAGGCACUGCCAGGUCAUUCCCUCCACCUGGGGGCUUGACCUUCUCCUGCUGGUUCCUGAUUGGCAGGCAUGGCACAGUCACUGAGGGUCACCCACUGCGCUUCCUAACCGUGGUGCGCCACCUGGCCAGGACUGAGCAGCCCUUCAUCUGCUUCUCUGUCAGUCUCUGCCCAGAAGACCUCUCCUUGGUUGUGUCUACAGAAGAGAAAGAAUUUCAGCCUCUGGAUGUCAUGGAACCAGAGGACGACCCUGAGCCUUCUGCCGGACGCCAGCUUCGGGUCAGAUGUGGGCAGCUGUUGGCUUGUGCUCAGUGGCAUCACCUGGCUGUGGUUGUCACCAAGGAUAUGAAAAGGAACUGUACUAUUUCCACCUACCUGGAUGGACAGACUAUUGGCUCAGCCAAGAUGUUGUACAUUCAGGCCUUACCAGGACCUUUCCUUUCAAUGGAUCCAUCUUCAUUUAUGGAUGUUUAUGGAUAUAUUGCUACCCCUCGAGUUUGGAAACAAAAGUCAUCUUUGACAUGGCGCCUUGGCUCUGCGCACCUCUUUGAAGAAGCCAUCUCCAUGGAAGCUCUGGAAGUCAUCAACAAACUUGGCCCAAGAUACUGUGGUAACUUCCAAGCUGUGCACGCCCAAGGAGAGGACACUGAUGUGGAAGUGACACCCCUGGUUGCAGAGGAAAAGGUUUCCUUUGGCCUUCACAUAGCUAGCUCCUCCCUCACCAGUGUUGCUGACAUCAGAAACAUUUACAACGAGGUGGACAGCCGCCUGAUCGCCAAGGAGAUGAACAUUUCAUCCCGUGACAAUGCCAUGCCCGUGUUCCUGCUAAGAAAUUGUGCUGACCACCUCUCAGGCUGUCUUCGAACCAUUGGAGCUGUGGCUGUGGGCCAACUUGGAGUAAGGGUGUUCCACUCCAGCCCUGCUGCGAGCAGCCUGGACUUCAUUGGUGGGCCUGCCAUUCUCCUGGGCCUCAUUUCCUUAGCGAUGGAUGACCAUACCAUGUAUGCGGCUGUGAAAGUCCUGCACUCGGUCCUGACCAGCAACACCAUGUGUGACCACCUAAUGCAGCAUAUCUGUGGGUACCAGAUACUGGCAUUUCUCCUGAGGAAAAAGACCUCUCUCUUGAACCACCGCACUUUUCAGCUGAUCCUCUCCAUUGCUGGUACUGCAGAACUGGGCUUCGGGCCAUCUACUGUCACCAACUUUGGUGUCUUCCAGCACAUCCUCUGCAAUUUUGAGCUCUGGAUGAAUACUGCAGACAACCUGGAGCUCUCCCUCUUUUCCCAUCUUGUGGAAAUCCUCCGAUCACCAAGGGAAGGACCCCGGAAUGCUGAAGUUGCUCACCAGGCAGAACUUAUACCCAAACUCGUCUUCCUUUUCAAUGAGCCGGGCCUCACCCCCUGCAAGAUCCCCACCAUUAUUGCCAUUCUGGGCUGUCAGCUGAGGGGCCACUUCAGCAUCCAGGACUUCCUCAGAAUCGGGCUGUUUGUUGUGUAUACCCUGAAGCCUUCAUCAGUGAAUGAGAGGCAGAUCUGUGUGGACGGAGCCCUGGACCCCUCUGUGCCUGCUGGAAGCCAAACAUCUGGAAGGACAAUCUGGCUCAGAAACCAGUUGCUGGAGAUGCUGCUCAGUGUAAUAUCUUCCUCCCAACUUCAUCUGUCCUCCGAGACAAAAGAAGAGAUGUUUCUGAACCUGGGGCCUGGCUGGUUCCUGCUAUUUGUCCAGGGCCACCUGCAUCCUAGCACCACUGUGUUGGGAUUGAAGCUGCUGCUACACUUUUUGUCAAGCCCCUCUCUCCGAGGGAGAUUUAAAGAAGGCCUGUCUGCAGGAUCCUGGGUGGAACGCAGCUCCGAGGGUGUGGACGUUGUGAUGGAUAACCUGAAGAGCCAGCCUCCCAUGCCUGACCAGAACCCCUGCCUGCUUCCUGGGUUCCGGGUCUUGAAGGACUUUCUGGCCCACCAUGUUCAUAUUCCAGAAGUCUACCUCACCGUGUCCACCUUCUUCCUUCAGACACCACUAACAGAGCUGAUGGACAGGCCCAAAGACAGCCUGGAUGCCAUGCUUCAGUGGCUUUUGCAGAAGCACCACAGGGAAGAAGUCCUCCGGGCUGGGCUGUGCUCUGAAGGGGCCUUGCUGCUCCUGGAAAUGCUGAAAGCCACCAUGAGCCAGCCCCCUACAAGUCCUGGAGACGGUGCCUGGGAGAGGACUUUCCCCAUCAGCAUGCUGCAGUUCCUCAGCCUUGUGCACAGAACCUACCCCCAGGAUCCAGCCUGGCGGGCACCAGAGUUCCUCCAGACCUUGGCCACAGUCACCUUCCCCGUGGGAAUGCACAAGGGAGCCGUGACUGAGUCUGCGCAAGAUGGCAGUAGCCCUGGUGCUACAGCUGAAGAUGGCGGACCUGCGGAGGGUCUACAGGCUCCUACCAGGUCACAUCCUACCCGGAAGCAUCUGAAGGAGUUCAUGCAGCUGCUCCUGAGGGAGCUCUUGCUUGUGGCUCCGCACCCCAAGCAGUGGCUGCCCCUCGAGGUGCUUCUGGAGGCUUCUCCAGGCAAUGCCACCAGCCAACAGAAGCGAGACUUCCAGUCUGAGGUUCUGCUUUCCACCAUGGAAAUAUUUCACUUGAGCGGAGGCAACAUGCUCAUGCUUAGAGGCAAUAAAGAGCCUCAGCUGACUGCAGAAGCUGCUGCUGCUCCUUCACUCACAAACAUCUCCCACUUCACCCAGAAGCUGGUGGAGAAAUUGUACAGUGGGAUGUUCUCAGCAGACCCCAGACACAUCCUUCUCUUCAUCACAGAGCACAUCAUGGUGGUCAUCGAGAAUGCCUCUUCUCAAAAGGACACUGUCACCAGUGCUUUAUACAGCAGUUUAAAUAGAGUCAUUCUUCAUUGCCUCUCCAAGCCGCAGCAGUCACUUUCCGAAUGCCUCGGCCUUCUCAGUGUCCUGAGCUUUGUGCAGGAGCACUGGGAUGUCAUCCUGGCCACCUACAAUCCCAAUGUCAGCUUCCUCCUGUGCUUCAUGCAUUGUCUUCUGCUGCUCAGUUCGAGAAGUUAUCCAGAAGGAUUUGGAUUGGAACCCAAGCCUAGAAUGACUCCUUAUCAUCAAGUCUUUCUUUCUCCAAAUGAAGAAGUGAGAGAAAAAAGUGGGGAAGACUUCCCAAGUUUGAGUGAUGUCCAACACAACAUUCAAAAGACAGUACGGACUCUCUGGCAGCAGCUUAUGGCACAGAGGCGGCAGGAGCUGGAGGACACUUUCAAGAUUGAUCUCUCUGUGAAACCUGGAGAGAGUGAAGUGAAGAUUGAAGAGGUCACCCCACUCUGGGAGGAGACAAUGCUCAAGGCUUGGCAGCACUACCUAGCAUCUGAGAAGAAGUUGCUAGCCAAUCGCUCAAAUGUUGGACACCAAAAUAAAGUUGCUUUGUGGAGUGAAAGCUUAUCCUCAGCCAUGAGGCUGAUGCCUGGGCGACAGGUCAAGGACCCUGAGUUCAAGACGGAGAAUUUUGUGUCAUGUAUCGAGAACUACAGAAGAAGAGGACAGGAACUAUAUGCAUCUUUAUACAAAGAUCAUAUACAAAGGCGGAGAUGUGGCAACAUCAAGGCUGCCAACGCCUGGGCUAGGAUCCAGGAGGAGCUUUUUGGGGAGCUGGGCUUGUGGGGCCAGCCAGCAGAAGCCACACCCUGCUCCCAGUGGGAACUGGACUGGAGAGAAGGACCCGCUCGCAUGAGGAAGCGUAUCAGACGCUUGUCUCCACUGAAGGCCCUGAGUCCAGGAAGGCUCAAGGAAAGCCAAGACAGAAAUGGUGAUGUUUCUCAAACACAUGCUGAAAACCAAGAUGAGCUGACAUCAAAGGAUGAGAGCAAGACAGAUGAGGUGGGGGUGGACUGCACCCAGCUGACCUUCUUCCCUGCUUUACAUGAGAGUCUGCACUCCGAAGAUUUCUUGGAACUGUGUCGGGAAAGACAAGUGAUUUUGCAGGAGUUUGUUGAUCAUGAAAAGGUGACACAGAAGCACUCUCUGGUGAUCGUGCAGGGCCACCUAGUCUCUGAAGGUGUCCUGCUCUUGGGCCACCAACACUUCUACAUCUGCGAGAACUUCACACUCUCUUCUGUGGGUGAUGUCUACUGCACCCGCCACUGCUUAUCCAACAUCAGCGAUCCAUUCAUUUUCAACAUGUGCAGCAAAGACAGGUCCUCUGACCAUUACUUGUGCGAGCGUCACAGCUAUGGUGAAAUCAGGGAGCUCCGGCUGGCGCGCUUCCUCCUGCAGGACAUUGCCCUGGAAGUCUUUUUCCGAAAUGGAUAUUCCAAGUUUCUUGUCUUUCACAACAGUGACCGGGAUAAGGUCCUCAAAAGCUUCUGCUCUUUCCAGUCCAGCCUGAAGGGAAAAGGCAUCACAGAGGACCCCCUCAGUCUAAGGAGACAUCCUGGCUCUGACAGGACCACGCUGCAGCGGUGGCAGAAAAGGGACAUCAGCAAUUUUGAGUAUCUCAUGCACCUCAACACUCUGGCCGGGAGGACCUACAAUGACUACAUGCAAUAUCCAGUGUUCCCCUGGGUCCUGGCUGACUACACCUCACAGACGUUGAACUUGACAAAUCCCAAGACUUUCCGGGAACUUUCAAAGCCCAUGGGAGCUCAGACCAAGGAAAGGAAGCUGAAGUUUAUCCAGAGGUUUAAAGAAGUUGAGAAGACUGAAGGAGACAUGACAGCCCAGUGCCACUACUGCACCCACUACUCCUCAGCCAUCAUUGUCGCCUCCUACCUGGUCCGGUUGCCGCCCUUCACUCAGGCCUUCUGUUCUCUGCAGGGUGGCAGCUUCGAUGUGGCAGAUAGGAUGUUCCACAGCAUGAAGAAUGCAUGGGAGUCGGCCUCCAGAGAAAACAUGAGUGAUGUCAGGGAGCUGACCCCAGAGUUCUUCUACCUGCCCGAGUUCCUAACCAACUGCAACGCGGUGGAGUUUGGCUGCAUGCAGGAUGGGACAGUGCUGGGGGAUGUGCAGCUCCCUCCCUGGGCUGAUGGGGACCCUCGGAAAUUCAUCAGCCUGCACAGACAGGCUUUGGAAAGCGACUUUGUCAGUGCCAACCUCCACCACUGGAUAGAUCUCAUUUUUGGGUACAAGCAGCAGGGGUCAGCCGCGAUGGAGGCUGUUAAUACCUUCCACCCCUACUUCUAUGGUGACAAAACGGACCUCAGCAGCAUCAGUGACCCCCUGAUCAGGAGCACCAUCCUGGGAUUCGUCAGCAACUUCGGACAGGUGCCCAAACAGCUCUUUACGAAACCCCACCCAGCCAGGACCACCAUGGGGAAGCCUUCCCCUGGAAAGGAUGUCACCAUACCUGCGAGCCUGCCUGGCCACCCACAGCCCUUUUACUACUGCCUGCAGACGCUGAAGCCCUCCCAGGUCACAGUCAAAGAUAUGUACCUUUUCUCUCUAGGCUCGGAAUCCCCCAAAGGUGCCAUCGGCCACAUCAUGCCCACUGAGAAGACCAUCCUGGCUGUGGAGAAAAACAAGUUGCUGCUGCCCCCUCUCUGGAACAGGACCUUCAGCUGGGGCUUCGACGACUUCAGCUGCUGCCUAGGGAACUAUGGCUCUGACAAGAUCCUGAUGAUGUUCGAGAAUCUAGCCGCCUGGGGCCGCUGCCUGUGUGCUGUGUGCCCAUCCCCCGAGACAAUCAUCACGUCUGGGGCCAGCGCUGUGGUGUGUGUGUGGGAGCUCAGCAUGGCCAAAGGCCGCCCAAGAGGCCUGCACCUCAAGCAGGCUUUGUAUGGACACACACAGGCUGUCACAUGCCUGGCAGCAUCCAUCACCUUCAGCCUCCUGGUGAGUGGCUCACAAGACUGCACCUGCAUCCUGUGGGACCUGGACCACCUCACCCAUGUGGCCCGCCUGCCCACCCACCAUGAGGGCAUCUCUGCAAUUGCCAUCAGUGACAUCUCGGGCACCAUCGUCUCCUGCGCGGGAGCCCACCUGUCUCUAUGGAAUGUCAAUGGUCGGCCCCUGGCUAGCAUCACCACGGCCUGGGGCCCUGAAGGAGCCAUAACCUGUUGCUGUGUGAUGGAGGGACCAGCAUGGGACACAAGCCAUGUCAUCAUCACCGGGAGCCAAGAUGGCAUGGUCCGGAUAUGGAAGACUGAGGACAUGAAGAUGUCUGUUCCCAGGCAGGCAGCACCAGAAGAGCCCUCGGCUCAGCCUCCAAGCCCAAGAGGCCACAGGUGGGGAAAGAAUCUUGCUCUAUGUCGAGAGCUGAAUGUCAGUGCCUCUUUGACAGGGAAGCCCAGCAAGACCAGCCCUGCGGUGACAGCUCUGGCUGUGUCCAGAAACCAGACAAAACUCCUGGUUGGCGAUGAGAAGGGGAGAAUAUUCUGCUGGUCUGCAGAAGGGUAGGAAGAAAGAGACGGUGGAGACCCUGGCUUAGCAGCACCCGAGGGGCAGCAGCACCAGUUGGAAUGUGGGCUGACUCAGUGUUUGGAGUGUAGAGGAACCUCCCCGGGCUCCCUCCACACAGGCCCUGAGGAUGGGGCUGCUGGGACUGGGGCCUUGGAUCACACAAGGAUGUGCUUUAUAAAAAGGAUGAGAGCACACAUAGGGGUCCUGCCAGCAGUGUGCUGGGAGGCACAACUCUCUGAUAAGCUGCAUGUGAAAUCACAAUGACUCACCUUUUCCAAGGGCUUAUUACACUGAAAAAAAUAUGCAUCACAUACUAGUGACUAAAGGGACAUAUUGUAUUGUCUUUAUUUUAUUAAAACAAC